CCCCAGCUGGCGGGAAAGCAAGGAUUGGUCAACAUGUGCCCGCGCAUUUUAUUUAACGUCGAUGCUCUCGCGCCGCUGAGCCUCCUGGACAUGUCCAGCAGGCUUCGAGUCACACCCUGACGACACCAUCAAGUCCCCUUCCCAGGCCUCAGGUUCUCCUCGCCGUCGCGUCUCACACCCCCCUCGCCGCAACCAUGAUCGCCCGCGCUUUCUUGGCUGCCCUCCUCCUCGGAGCAGGCUGCGACGCCGCGCCUGGCCUCAGGGUCCGGGGCGCCGGCGAGCCCGCCAUCCAGCCAAAGCCCCUCCACAUAGCCGAGGAGAGCGAGAUCGCGCCGUUCAAGGAGGCCACGGACCCGCUGCCGCCCCCGACCCCGAUCCCCUUCACCCGCGAGGUCUUUCCCAUCGCAAACUUUACGAGCCUGCCGCCGUACGAGGGCGCCAUCGCCGCGUCGAGGAGAAGGGCCAGGGCGGCUGGUGGGGAGGAGGAGGAGGAGGAGGACGAGUCGCUCCUGCCCCGCGACAUCAACGGCGCCGACGACCGCAAGCUCUACACGGGCCCCGCCGAGCUCCCCUACUCGGCCAUGGGCCGGUUGCUGUCGCGCAACGGCUUCGUGUGCAGCGCCACCCUGGUCGGGCCCCGCCACGUGGCCAGCGCGCGCCACUGCUACCAGGCGGGCGUGGGCCUGCGCUUCCAGCCCCUCUACGACCGCGGCGAGCGGCUCGACGGCGCCUUCGUCACGGCCGCCAUCAGCAAGAAGGGCGAGGUGGCGCAGAUGUGUGACCACAAGGACGACUGGGUCGUCUUCGUCAUCGACCAGCGCCUGGGCCAGCAGUACGGCUGGCUCGGCUUCCGCACCCUCAACUCGGACAUCGCCGGCAAGUCGUCGUGGUGGAACUUUGGCUACCCCACCGACCUCGGCUCCGGCGAGCGCCCUUACUACCAGGGGCCCUUCGCCGCGGACCUGCUGCCCACCCUGCAGUGCCAGAACGGCGGGCCCCUCACCUCGGACAUGGACGCCGCCAGCGGCCAGUCGGGCGGCCCGCUUUGGGUCAACCAGCCCGACGGCGCCUACAUGGUCGGCAUGCACUCAGCCUCCCAGCCGGGCUUCUCCGUCGCAGCCCACGGGAGCGAGUGGUUCGACGCCCUGUCCUAUGCCAGAGCCAACUACCCCUAGGGAGGUGGGGCAGGACUAGCGCCAAAAACUUGUUCUUUGGAGACUUUAGUUUUGAUAGAAAUACAAAAUUACUCCCUCAUGCUAGCUACCGG